UAAUUUCGGCCCAUGCUCAGGCCCGGGCCACUAAGAACAGGCUAGUAGGCCCAGGCCCAGGUCCAGGUCCAGGUCCAUCCGUUGUAGCUUUAAAAGGCUCCAAACGAUUAUCAGCUAGGGUUUCUUUGAGCGCCUCCUCCUUCUCCGGGCUAGGGUUUUACUUCUCUCGUCAGAGACUCCACAGCUUGCACUACUUCAAACAAAUGGCGCCAAAGAAGGAGAAGGCUCCUCCUCCAUCUUCCAAGCCCGCUAAAUCUGGCGGUGGUAAACAAAAGAAGAAGAAGUGGAGCAAAGGAAAACAGAAGGAGAAGGUGAACAACAUGGUCUUGUUUGACCAGGGUACCUAUGACAAGCUUCUCUCUGAAGCACCUAAAUACAAGCUCAUCACUCCUUCCAUUCUGUCUGACAGAUUGAGGAUUAAUGGGUCGCUUGCACGGAGAGCAAUCAGGGAUCUGAUGGCAAGAGGCUUAAUAAGGAUGGUAUCUUCUCAUUCAAGUCAGCAGAUAUACACUAGGGCAACCAACACUUAGAUUUUCUCUGUCCCUUUAAAAGACAUCAAAUUUUGCUUUAGCUUAAUUCUUUUUCCCCCAUUCAUUGGCUACAAAAGGUGAAAACAUUUUGAACGAGUGUUGCUGGAAACAGCAGCUCCUGCUGAUCAUGUUGGAUCGUGUUGACUUGGGAAUCUUGACAUUGAGCUUAUUAUGAUUUCCAGUGAGGUUUCAUUACUUGA